ACUCACAUACAGUGGUUAAGUGUCAGUGGAGAGAAAGGACUGGUCUUACCUUCAGAAAAAACACGUGGAAAUCAAGGGAAAAGGAAAAAAGUGGAAGGAAAAUGGAAAACUAUGUCACUGCACUCACUUUUGGGAUUUUCAUGCUCAGUGGAUGCUCGGCCCGUGUGGUGACGGUGCCUUCUGGUCCAUUAAUCCGGGUGGAGGGCCAGCCAGUCUCCAUCAGAUGUGAUGUCAAAGAAUACACAGGACCUAGUGAGCAGGAUUUUGAAUGGAAUAUGUUAAAGGAUGCUAAAGGGCGGAAGACACAGAUAAUCUCCUCUUUCGACUCUCGGUACUCCGACCAGUCUUACAGCACGCGCGUGGCAUCUGGCGACAUUUCAAUGGUGCGUCUCCAAGACAAUGAGGUGGAGCUGAAGAUUGCUGAGGUGAAGUUGACGGAUGCUGGCUUCUACGAGUGUCAAACACCGAGCACCGACUACGUCAUCAGUGGAAAUUAUAUGGCUCAGGUCCAGCUCACUGUCAUUCCUAACACGCUCAAGGUGUCCCCUAAGACCCCGCCCCCUGUCAUCACUGAGGGAAGUGACCUAACUCUCUCCUGCAACGUCACCCGGGAGCUCAUCCACCCCAGAAAUUGGACCAAAAUCGUGGAGAGUACCAAAGAGAUGGGAACCGUUGCAGUUACUCCUACAAAGCCUGUAAUCCUGUACGACUCCACGCGGUGUUACAUCGUGAGCACCUUCCUCAGCCUUUAUGGGCUCAUCAUCACCAGUAUGUUCAUCAGAGAGGAGUUCUUCAGAACCAAAGUAAAGACAAACCAGGACGUCAACAGUGAACUGGAAGGUCUGGUAAUUUCUCCCUGCAGACAAGACCAUGAGACAAAAGAAGAAGAGUAGGUUUGCUGUUCUUGUACAACCUAAUGUGAUUGAAGUAUUGAAGUAACAGGAUGAAAUAUCACAACAAAAUUCUUAAUUAUGUGUCUUUGUUGCUCUGUUUUUUGAUUCCAAAGAAGUGAGCCUUAUGUUUCAGUACUGCCUUUAUUGUGCAUUACCAUCCUGCAGCAGUAUAUUAUUAAGAGGACUUUUACCAGUUUUCAGGUUCUCUUAAGGUUUUUUGGUUCGUUGAGUCUUGGUGUCAAAGACUUUAACUCUGUAGAUUAGUUAAGAUUGAUAAACUGACAGCAACUUAAAUUCUUCAUAACAAAGGUUGAAAGAAACACAAAAAACACAGAACUGAAUUUUUUAAGCACCUCAAAUGAUUACACAAUAAGAAACGAUAUUAACAGAGCUACCGUGAAGGAUCCCUAUAAUGCAACAUCUGUUUUUAGGGCGGAAGACACAGGUUAGUAUUGGAGUAACUGUAACCCUAAUUCAGAUAGAUUCAUAGUUAAAUUCUUUAUUGAUCCUACAAAGGACAUACUAUACCAUAUUAAUUUAUCCUCUCCCAAUCACAGCUGUCAUUUUAUACUUUAUAAUUGAAUGUAUCUGUAAGUAGAUUUAGGGCUUUAAAUAUGAAUGAUAACAUGAGUAAGAUUUCUGUAUUUCAUGUCAAAUAUAACAUUUACGAGAAGCUGAAACUAUUCCAGAAUAUUAACAACAAUAAUUAUACAUAAAUAUUACAUGUUAAAAAUAUAUUUUAUUUCUAAUCAAUAGUUUGUGUACCCAUCAAAGCUGCAGUCAGUAAUCAAUGAAUUGAUUAGUUGACUGAGAGAAGGUUAAUUGGCCACUUUUUAAUAAACUGCAAAUCAUUUGUGUUCAAUUUUAAAAAUUGCAAUGAGAUUUUUCUGAUUCUCAUAUAUGUUUUUUUGUUAAAUUUAAAUUGUCUGAAAUGUUUAAUUUUUAAGAUGUCAUCAUUAGUGCUGGACACAGUAGCAGUCAUUAAAUGCUUUGUAUACCAGGAGAUGAACUGUUUCGUUUUCACGUUUCAUAUAAAGUGUUUCUAAUUAUACCUGAACACACUUCUAAUCACUUGUGAGCUCACACAUCAAUAAUUUAUCAGCGACAUGGGUGUUUAGUUUUUCAUUACCAAAUUGUAGGAAUGAAUUUGACUUGUAGUAUUCAGCUGAGAGGGGCUGACUUUGACUUUAUUGGGGGGGCCUAAGGCUCAUCUGCAAUGCAGACACGCAGCCCCAACACAGAGUCUGCAAUUUUAUCUGUGAUUUUAAUAUUUAAUAUCCAAAGCUUGUCCAAUUUGAGAAACAUCUUUCGAAUCUGUGUGAAAUCUCUUAAAGCUGCAGAGGAGCAAGAUUUAGUAAAUGAACAUUAAACACACGGCAAGCCAUGUGAAUAAAUUUGACGACUAUAUGGAACUUUUGGAGGCAAAAUAAACAUAAAAAAUUUUGAAACGCUAUACGCAUUUUAUAAAUAUAAGUAAAAAUAAGGAUAUUAGCGAUGAUUAAAAACUAAAAAGUUUAAAAGUUGGUUCUUUUACUAUUUUUUCUUACAUUUUAUUUAAUUGUUAAUUUUUUAAUGAUUAAUUUAUUUCAUAUUCAACAUUUUGUGCAUGAAUUCUUUGCAGCUUUUAAAAUUUUGAAAACGAAUGCUGCAGCUUUAAGUUUUUAUAUCGUCUGCCUUGUUUUUCAUAAUUUGUUUGUUUGUUUACACUUCUCCAAGUUCUUUGACCUGUCAUGUUAGAUGGUGCUUUAAUCCAAGUUAAUUUGUUCCUGUACGAAUGUUUUGCUUCAUUAUUAUUAUCUGUAAAACUGAGUCUUUGUUGUUGUUUUUGUUUUGUUUUGUUUCCAGAUAUGAAACGUAUCAUUAAAAAACUCAGUAAAACUCAGUUUGAAGGUUUGCAGAUCAGCAAACAGAAGCAGAUUUUGGACAAAUCUGCUACCUAAUGAAUUUAAGGUGAAAUACAUCAGGGGGGAAAAAAGCUUCUAAAUGUUAUCUUGAUAUAAGGAAUUAUAUGAAGGAUAGAUAUGAAUAUGGGAAUCGUAAUUGCUUGUAAUUAAAUGAUUUAAAAGAAUAUCUGCAUCUACCUUUGAAAGAAUUUCUUUAGUGGUCUUUAAAUAAAAGAAAUAUAAGGUUAUUUUUAGAAUGAAAUAAAGAUUAUUUUUUAAGGUGUGAAAUUAUUUAAAAACUGUUUAGGAAAAUAAAAUCCACAGUUAAAGUAAUUAAAGAUUAAAGGAUGAAAUAUAUCACAAUUAUUAUAUUCUAUCUGUGAGAUGAAAUACAACACAUGUUAAUGAAUGUUUUUUGUUUGUUUCUCAAUUUGGGGGGUUGGAUAUUCAGUAUUUGUAAAAAUGUGUCUGUAACGAGUGCUGAUGUUAAACAAAUAAAUACACAGAACAGAAAGCUUCAAA